GAGAGCAAAACCAGCGCCCAGCGCCCAGUUAGAGGCACGUCGAUUCCACUGCGCGAGCGCGGUUCUGCCAGCGCCCCUAUUUUCCGUACGGGCGUGUCGGUGCGAGGUCCAGACGCCGAGGGAGGGCCGCCUACGGCAGCUCGCCUGCGUUUUCUUCCCCUCCCCGGGUCAAUUCUCCAUUUCGCUUCCGGUCCCUCACUUCUGGUCCUUCCCAGUUAUCCUUCCGACUCAGAAGCCGGUGGUGCGGUCACCUAGAACCUUCAGUUCCCGUCCGGGUCGGCCGCGCCUGGGGCGGCGAAGCUCCCUGGGCUAGGCCCGCGCGGCCUGAGGGCGGCGCCCUCCUUCGCACCAUGGCCCGAAAUGCGGAAAAGGCCAUGACGGCCUUAGCAAGAUUUCGCCAAGCUCAGCUGGAAGAGGGAAAAGUAAAGGAACGAAGACCCUUCCUUGCCUCGGAGUGUACUGAGCUGCCCAAAGCCGAGAAGUGGAGACGACAGAUCAUUGGAGAGAUCUCAAAAAAAGUGGCUCAAAUUCAGAAUGCUGGUCUAGGUGAAUUCCGAAUUCGUGACCUGAAUGAUGAAAUUAACAAGCUGCUAAGAGAGAAGGGACACUGGGAGGCCCGGAUCAAGGAGCUGGGUGGUCCUGACUAUGGGAAAGUUGGCCCUAAAAUGCUGGAUCAUGAAGGGAAAGAAGUCCCAGGAAAUCGAGGUUACAAGUACUUCGGAGCAGCAAAAGACUUGCCUGGCGUCAGAGAACUGUUUGAGAGAGAACCUCUUCCUCCUCCAAGAAAGACACGCGCUGAGCUCAUGAAGGCGAUCGAUUUUGAAUACUACGGUUACCUAGAUGAAGACGAUGGUGUUAUUGUGCCUUUGGAACAGGAAUAUGAAAAGAAACUCAGAGCCGAGUUAGUGGACAAGUGGAAAGCAGAGAGAGAGGCCCGGCUGGCAAGAGGGGAGGAGGAGGAGGAGGAGGAGGAGGAGGCCGACAUCUACGCCGUUGCCGACCAGGAGUCUGAUGAGGAGGGCGGCCAGGAGAAAGGAGGGGAGGACGGGCAGCAGAAGUUCAUCGCUCACGUCCCGGUGCCGUCGCAGCAAGAGAUCGAGGAGGCGCUUGUGCGGAGGAAGAAGAUGGAGCUCCUGCAGAAGUACACCAGCGAGACGCUGCAGGCCCAGAGCGAGGAGGCCAGGCGGCUCCUGGGCUACUAGGGCCGAGCUGGGGCCUCCGCCCAGCCCCGUGGUGGGUGAGCAGCCCCGGGCUGCCUGCCACUUCUCCUCCUCCCUCCCUCCCCUGCGUGCUGACCGAGGGCCGUUUGCCUGCCGGGAUGCCCUGGUGUCACCUCGUCCCGGCGUUUUGCUGACGUGUGAACCCACUUACUUCGGUCUUGAGUGUGUAGGACACGCUGCUCCCUGUCAGCCUUUGAGUGUCUCACGUAGCCUCCUCCUGUCAUUUGGUGCGGAGGGCGACCAGUUAGUGACACUCCUAAAAAACGCAGACGUGUUUGUAACUCCUCUGGAAGAAUGAGAAGGUGUGUGGGGCCCGAGCCCACAUCCCACACGUCGCAGCCUGCGGAGCUCCACCCUUCGGGGCAGCCCUGCCCUCAGUUCAGACCCCUCAGCUGGCCUUGCUCCUUCCUGCCCAGGUGGCAGGAGUUUGAGUUUGCUACUGCUGUCUAGGACUGGUUCUGCAGAGAGCUAUUUUUAUUAAAGAUUUUUGUGUGAAAGGCAA